AUGGAUUCUCCGGCUUCUACUCGAGGUCGAGGGCGAGGUUCUGCGAGGAAACGUCACACUUUCCCAGCCAGGUCCUUGUCACAGAAGGACGCUGAGUCCACCCAGGCUGCCGAGACCAUGGAGCAGUUCCCGUCCAGAACGCCAACCGCCAGCUUACCAUCCUCAUCUUUCUCAUUCGAGACCCCUAGUCCUUCUGCUUCUAGAGGCCCGCGAACCCGCACACGCAUCGUGGACAGCUCAAUGCCUUCUCCAGAUGAUGCAGACACCAAAGGCGGACGCUCACUCAGAAAGCGGGCUCGCGUGGAUUACACAUUCGACCACGUCGAGGAAGAUGCAACUGAUGCAACCACAUCCGCCGCACUCUCGGGCACCGGUGCUCAAGCUCUGAAGAAGCGUAAAACUGACCUAGGCUCCGAAGAUGCAGAGGCACACGAGAAUUCUGACGCUCAAGUCAAGAGGCGCGCAUCUGAACAACUCCCACCCCCCUUGACAACCCGUCGACGAAGUCAACUUCGCAAGGCAACUGUGGAACCACAACCGUAUGUUCCUGAGCAUCACAUGGAGGAUGUCGAAGUCCAGGAUACGAUUGAAGUUGGUGGCCACCAUAGCGAGUCAUCGGACGCAUCGAAUCUCAGGCGCACCAGUUCUGGCUCAUCCAGUAAUGACGCAAAGUCAGGUCCGUUGCCGAUAUCACUCAAUACUUUCACUCUAUUCCACCCAUCUCCUGAAGCCAAUCAUUCUCAUGAGGCUGGAGAGAGCUUUCCCGUCAACCAGCUUAUGCGAAGAGGUUCACGUACUUCUGGUCCUGAACCACCGGCAAUCGUCGUUGAGCAACCCCCGCGCACUUCAUAUGAGCAUCUCACCCCAUACGUGGACGGUGCUGUGGUCUAUCAUCCACUUGCACGACCUGACGGAGCCGAGCCCGAUGCAGCGCAUGAGGGUGUUUUAGAAGAAGACGCCGUUGAGGACCAAGUGGAUGGUACGGUGGCAGAUACUCCGGCUGGUUCACCCGGGCCCGCUGACACGGCGGCGAACUCACCAACCGCCGAAGCGGGAAUCCCCUGGACACAACGUCCUCUGAAGAAGCCGAUCGCAUUUAGACAGCCAAGGAAACCGUCUGAAUUCACCCAGCUGCUUGACGACAUCAAGUCACAGUCACCCGAAGAGGCUUAUAGAAGAUUGGAGGUUGUCAAUCGAGCACUCGCAGCUUGGCAGAACGAGUACAACGAGUUGAGGAAGAUCACAGACGAUGAAGAUAACUCACAGCGGUAUCAUCAGGAGGAGGCAGCAUUUCAGCAUCGUCAAAAGAUGGCUAUCAGCAAGGAUCCCGAUGCCAACCCCGUCCGGAAGGACUUCGUCGUCAAAGGUAUCAGAGCCAGCAAACCAGAUCCUUUUGUUGCAUAUACGAGGCAACAGGACCGUAUCAUGGCCAAUUCAUAUCUGUUCGAAUACGACGACAGGGACAUUAAGAUUGGUCUCCAAGAUCCGAUCGCCCAGCGAGGUGGCGUAGGAAAAGGUCGACUGCGAGAUCGGCCCAAGCAGACAGCCAAGGCGGCAGAGUCUGAUGACCCUAAUGUCGUCGUCGGCAAGCGCUCUAGAAAGGCACCAACGUUAUUCGAUGGAGUCGAAGCGGCUAGUAGCAGAGGCUCCACCCCAGUGCCCGUUCAGCGCCGUCGACGUCGUGCCGACCAAAGCGCAGAAGAUAUUGACGAGGCAAGCUUGGCUGUUCCGGAUACAUUAUCGUCGUCGGCUGAACAAGUAACUCCCAAGAAGAAAGGAAAGGGUGGUCGUCCCAGGAAGCAUCCUCUUCCAACCACUAUUCCUGAGGACAAGCCUGCUCCGGUCGAAAACCUCAAGCCCGAACCCCAACCCGAACCUGAAUCUGAGCCAGUCGUAGAACCGACUAGAUCGAUUCGAAAGCGCUUGCGUAGAGCUCCCGUUGCCGAAGAGGAGGAGGAAGCAUCAACGAAUGGAGCCAACUCGCACGCCUUACUGAAACCUGGGCCUCGCCGCGUAAACUCUAGAAUCUCAGAGGUUCCAUCUGGCUCUUUCUAUACUAUCUCGUCAAUGGCUUCUACGAACGCCGCAAAUGAGUCUCGUCCCGCAACAUCGUCAUCCACUGGCACAGUAUCCACUGUAGCGUCCAACAGCUAUCAGUUCAGAGACAAGCGACAGAAGAAAUUCUCCCUUGACGCAAGCGAUGAAGAAUACGAGGAGCAACCCAAGCCGAAGCGUGUUCGACGACCAACCAAGAAGGCGCAGGUUGAAGACUUCGCACCGACUCCCGUUCCCGUGCCCGCACCAGUCCGGGCUCCUGAGCCUACUCCCGUCCCUAUGCAACAGGCAGUAGCUGAUGCUGUCGUCGCAUCAAAGCCCUACCCCCAGAUCAAGCUCAAGCUCAAGAACUACCAUCCUCCUACACCCGUUCCUGUCCCCAUCCCGCAUCUUGCUCCAACCUCGGCACCCAUAUCGCAUCCUUUUUCCAUACUACCUGCCAACACUCCAACGCCCUCGCAGACCAGUAACGGCAAUAGCAAUGGCAUCGAGAACGGCCCUAAUGGCAGCGAUUACAACACGCUGACCAAGUCCGAGAAGAUGUCACAAUCGAUGAAAGCUCGAUGGGCGAAUGGAUCAAUGGACAUGGCUGUUGCUAAGCGCCGAGCCACACUCAAGGCCAAGAAGGAGGCCGUGAAACAAGCUGAGCCCGGCCUGUUACCCGAAACUAUCAUUGAAUCGGGGCAGCAACAACAACAACACCAGAACCAGCAGCAGUGA